AUGAUCCCAUCGAUAGCAGCGCUCGUUCUCUGCGCAGGCCUCGCAGUAGCGCAGACCACCGAUUCGCUUCCCGUCACGGACCUCGUUGGAACUUGGUCCAGCAAGUCGAACUCUACACUCACAGGGCCGGGCUUCUAUGACCCCGUCAAAGAAGAGUUCACCGAGCCGAAACAUACUGGCAUAUCGUACUCGUUCUCUGCAGAUGGCCACUUUGAAGAGGCCUACUACCGCGCUGUAGCGAAUCCAACGAACCCUAAAUGCCCGAAAGGGAUAAUCCAGUGGCAGCACGGCAGCUUCAAGAAGCUCGCCAACGGCUCGCUCACACUAACACCAAUCGCUGUGGACGGAAGACAGCUGUACUCGGAUCCAUGCCUGUACAAGAGUGCAGUAUACACACGGUACAAUACAUCUGAGCUGUUCGAGGUAUGCCCCUUUCAGUGUGACUCCCGUCCAACGUCUUCGCUCCGUUACGAUCCCACAUAUCAGACGAGCAACAAGCUAAUACAGCACCCACUUCCACAGCGCUACGAAGUUGUCACGGACGAGUACCACCACAUCCCGCGUCUAAACCUUUACAAAUUCGACGGAUCACCGCUCAUGCCACUCUACCUCGCCUACUCUCCGCCUGAAAUGCUUCCGACUACGACGCUGAACCCGCUCACUACUUCGGCCCCUGGUGGCGCGAAAGCGACUGGCAAGGUUAAGCGCUCGGAACUCCCGCUGAACCAUAACGUGAUCAACAAGCGCACACCGCAGCAACAACAGGCUGACCGAUGGUGGUGGUUCGGCGUCUUCUUGACUGCGUCGGGGGGCGUGUUGUAUAUUUUCUUCUAA